AUGAGCAUGAAGAAGAACCAACGGAAGGUGAAAUCUGGAUGCCGGACCUGCAAAGUUCGAAAAGUGAAGUGCGACGAAGUAUCAAACACUGAAGAGCACUUGCAUUUCCAAUUUUUCAAGGAACAGACCUUGGCAAAAUUACCAGGUGUGUACAGCAGCAAGUAUCGCAACCUAUGGGAAUCCCUAGUGGUCCAGGCUUGCGCCGAAGAGCCGGCUGUCAUGCAUGCAGUACUAGCCAUCAGCUCGGCACACCGAAGGAAAGUACUCGAUGGUGCUUCCAGGAACAAGGUGCUGGUGCUCCCGGACAAGCAAGAGGAGUUCUUGCUCCGGAACUAUUGCAAGUCUAUGCAAUACCUUCAGCCCAGCUUUCAGAACUGUGGAACGCGAUCUAUACGAACCACUUUGAUCACCUGCCUUGUUUACAUUUAUCUCGAGCUUCUACGGGGCACCUACAAGCGCGCAUAUGACCAUCUAGAUGGCGGCAUGAGACUGUUGGCCGAUCUACACGAUGAGACAUCUAAAAAGGGAAUUUUGCCUAGGACUUCUGCUCAUAAGCCGUCUUUAAGCCUAGAUCAAGAUUGCAUAGACGCCUUUCUCACAGAAGCUUUCGCUCGAUUGCGAGUCCAAAUGGAAUUCUCGAGGCUCCGAUCCGGCACAGGCUCUACGCUCGCUCCUAAAGUCGCGCCUGACCUCCCCACUCUCAAAUUUAGUUCCUUCCACGAAGCACGCCAUUAUCUGGACCGCGUGUUCGAUGGCAUCAAUCUCAUAUCGAAAGCGAUUCGUGAUGGAAGCCAUGCAAGCUGGCCUGAUGGUUACUGGAACAUGGUAUUGACUGAGCGCCAUUUCAUGCAGGGCUCUUUGGACUCGUGGCUGCGGUCAUAUACUGCCACCACAGCUGAUUUGGGCAGUAAGAAGAAUGAUAGUGAGCUCACAGAGUACAGAAUGCUUCGCAUUUAUCACACCAUGGCCGAAAUCUUGGGCGCGACCUGUCUGUCGCCAGAACAAGCGGUCUUCGACCAUCAUGGCGCGGGUUUUCUGUCCAUAGUUACACAGUGUAACAACAUUGCGUUGGCUGGCGAACCCAGCAAUCAUGCUUCUAGUGGUGCUCGCCUUCCAGAUACUCGUCGUCGCGCUUGGCCGGACAUCAGCUGGAUACCCCCUCUGUACUACACCGCCAUCAAAUGUCGCGAUCAUCAAAUUCGUACGCGCGCUGUGGAUCUCAUGUCUUCUUUCUGGCUUUACGAGAUCGUCUGGGACCUAGGAAUCCUGAACAUGUCCAGCAUCGUCGCUAAGGAGGUUAUUCGAAUGGAAGAAGGAGAUUUCUUCACACCUGCAGUGAAUUUGCAGGAGAGCGAUAAUAACAUCAUGCUCAAGAAAGUUAUCGAGCAUGACUCGGAUCCGUCGCCAUUAUCGUUGCCAGAAGAGCGGAGAUUCGAUACAUUCUGCGACAUUGUCGCGCUUCUGGCGAGCCUCGCGCAGCUGGCAAUUGGCCUACCUCAAGCGCCUGUGCAGCAGGUCGUCAACCGCGCCAAUUCAGGCUGUGGGAAGACACAAUGGCCGACGGACUUCACGCAUUAUCGCCUAGGAUUGAAAAGUAGUGGAAAGGAUCGAAGCUACUCGUACCAUAUACCUGCGAACUACGACGAUCAAAAGCCCUAUCCGGUCGUUGUCGGAUUCCAUGGCUCUAGCAGCAUUGGCCUUUUUUUCGAGCUUGACACAAAGUUGAGUCAGUCACGGUAUAGCGAAGACAAAAUAGUCGUCUAUCCCAACGGCCUCGAUGGUAGCUGGGCUGGACCAACAUACCACACAUCCUCAACCGUGCAAGAAGACAUACAAUUCGUAGCGGACCUGCUCGCGGAUGUCAAAUCUAACGUUUGCAUAGACGAGGACAAGAUCUUUGCAGCCGGCAUGUCCAAUGGUGGCGGCUUCAUCGGAACACUAGCCUGCGAUCCCCUCGGCAGCACUCUUUUCAAAGCCUACGCCUCUCAUUCUGGAGCCUUCUAUACCGAUCUCAAUGGUCCGAAAAACAACUGCGAUCCUUCCCCUAAAGCACUCCCUAUCCCGCUUCUGGAAAUUCAUGGCGGCAACGAUAGUACCGUGCACUACGAAGGAGGGCAGGGCGACGGUGGUCCUGAACCUCCAAUCCCAGACUGGCUGGACUGGUGGGCGGAGAGGAAUGGAUGCGACAGCAAGACCGAGGAACCCCUUUUCGAAGGACAGGUGCAGCAUCUAUCAUGGAAGUGCGGGGACGCGGAGGGAGUAUUGCAGCACUAUAAAGUCUCGAGCAUGGGUCAUUGCUGGGCUGACACAGAGAUCAAUCUUUCGCAAAUUUCAGUUCCGCAAGGCCCAACGGUGAUAAGAGCUAGUGAGAUUAUCAUGAGGUUUUUCGACAGCGUGUGA